AUGAGUAACGAGGGCGAGGCAGGGAGGGGAGUAAUUGUGUGCUAUCCGCUGCAGACAUCAGUUGACACAAUAAAAGGUGACAAGUUAAAGAAAGUAGUGAGAAAAAGUAAUGAGGCCAUAACAGGUAAGCUGUUCACAGAUCAUUUUGUGUCGUAUUCAUGCAUUCAGGUUGUUGCGGAAAUGAGCUGGGAAGUAAGUUAUCUUGAUAAUAUUGUUUAUUUCUCGGCAGUCAUCGCAGAAUGUCUGCAGCUGAUGAAAAGUGAUUCAGGUGAAAACAUUAUGUUAGACGGCAAUAUGAGGACUGAAACCGAUACACAUACCAAUUCCGCUACGAAUCCCACACCCAUUGACAAUUUUGCUAACCAAAUUCAAGUAAAUCAGGGAUUUACAAAUCUAGAUUCAGGUGAUUCUCCUGCUAUCGACCAAAUAGGCAGUGAGGGUGGGUCGGCUAGAGAUGUUGUUCGCUGUUUGCUGCCGCAUGUCGAUUUACCGGACAAUCUUUCUGAGCAAGAUUUAUAUCGCAUUAUUCGGAAAAUUUUAUACAGUGAACGACCUAGACGCACGAAAUUACCAGAAUUUAAUUCAUUUGAUGAUGCAGUUGAACUUUUUAAAAGGUGCAGUCGUAUCUUAGUUUUGACUGGUGCUGGCGUUUCUGUAUCCUGUGGCAUACCAGACUUUCGGAGUAAAAACGGCGUAUACGCUCGACUUCACAUCGAAUAUCCAGAUCUUCCAGACCCAACUGCUAUGUUUGAUAUCAAUUACUUCAGUAAAAAUCCGAAACCAUUUUUCGAGUUUGCUAGGGAAUUAUUCCCUGGUCGCUAUGAAGCUUCGAUGUGCCAUUACUUCAUCAAGGCACUCGAAGAUAGUGGGAAAUUGCUGAGAAAUUACACUCAAAAUAUUGAUACUUUGGAACAAGUAGCCGGAAUCAAGCGCAUUGUACAGUGUCAUGGAUCUUUUGCAACGGCGACUUGCCGAAACUGUGGUAUAAAAGUCGAUAGCGAAGCCAUUCGAGAAGAUAUUGACUCUGGGGCUGACUUGGUGGUAGUUAUCGGUUCAUCUUUGAAAGUACAACCAGUUGCACUUUUGCCGUACAAUGUUAAUCCCGAAGUACCACAGAUACUCAUCAAUCGUGAAUCUUUACCUCAUUAUGCCACUGAUAUCGAGUUGCUGGGUAAUUGUGAUGAUAUUGUGGCUCAGUUAGCUUUGGUUCUGGGCCCUCCUUAUGUCGAUAUUUUCAGAAAAGGUCGCUUUAAAACCAGCUGUAGUGGUCCUGCUGCAGGUGAAGAAAUUUACGAGAAAACAACUCUUAGAAAAGCAAUUAACGAAAUCCAAUUCAAGAAAUUAUUGGAUCAACCAGCAGUUAAGCGAGCACGACUGAAAGGAAUACCUUCAAUGUGGGAUGCACGAUAUGUCAGCGUGGGAUCGAAACUUCCUGUUGAUGGUUAUCUUUUUAUAGUACCGAACAAAAAUAUAUUCCCUGGUGCAGAAAUGUAUUACGAUAAAGACGAUGAUAUAUUUCGUCAGCUUUCGGAGCACUACCACAGUUCACCUGCAUCAAGCAGUUCGGAAUCCGGAGAAAGCGCAACAAAUCAGGAAGAAAUCUAUUGUAAUAUUGGCGUUAGAACGAUGUCGUUGGAAGAAUCUUCUAUAAGAGCUGGUAGUGAGAGUGAUGAAAGAUCCAGCUCUUGCCCACCAAGAAUGGAUUUGGAGACGAAACAUGAUGCUGAAAAUUCAUACGCAGGAAACAAAUUAAGCGUACGAUUAAAACCUUUCUUGCAAGCGAUCGCUGUUCCAGUGGGGGAAGAGACUAAGCACGGUUUGGUCAGGACCAGUAGUUCAAAUCACUUAGUUUUGUAA